CACGAUAUUGGCGGCGGGGCAUGUAAUAACAAAGUCGCAACCACAUUCAUUGCAACGCAUGUUUCUGUCGUGGAAGAGAGGAACAGGUGGACUUCUUGAAGACUUUUCGCACCUUUACUGUAGUUUUUUUCAGUGAUCAUUGACGAGCUGCUGAAAUCUGAGAGAGAACAAUCAACACACGGAUCAUUGGUAGUUCCUACAUUUUUCAACAAAUUAAAUCACUGACUUAGUAGAAUCAGACAUUUCAUCAAAGAGGAAGAACAACCAUCAUCAUCAUGAAGUACAUCUUGGUGUCGGGUGGUGUAAUAAGUGGCAUAGGAAAAGGAGUGAUUGCAAGUAGCAUCGGGAUGCUCCUGAAAGCUUGUGGUCUGAGGGUCACGUCGAUAAAGAUCGAUCCGUAUCUCAACAUUGAUGCUGGAACAUUCUCUCCGUAUGAACAUGGUGAGGUGUUUGUCUUGGACGAUGGCGGUGAGGUCGAUCUGGAUUUAGGAAACUACGAGCGGUUCCUGGAUGUUAAGCUUCACCGAGACAACAAUAUCACAACGGGCAAGAUCUACCAGCAUGUGAUUCAGAAGGAGAGGAAAGGAGACUACCUUGGAAAGACUGUACAAGUUGUCCCUCACAUCACCAACGCUAUCCAGGAAUGGGUGGAGCGGGUUGCUAGGAUACCGGUAGAUGGAGACGAGCUGGAACCAGAAGUCUGCAUCAUUGAGCUUGGUGGUACUAUUGGAGACAUUGAGGGAAUGCCCUUCGUGGAAGCGUUCCGUCAGUUCCAGUUCCGGGUCAAACAGGACUUCCUGUCCAUCCACGUGAGUCUGAUUCCUCAGCCCAAGUCAACAGGGGAGCAGAAGACCAAACCCACACAGGCCAGCAUCAGGGAGCUAAGAAGUCUGGGACUAUCACCAGAUCUGAUCGUUUGCAGAAGUCACAACCCAGUGGAUGACGGAAUCAAAGAAAAGAUCUCUAUGUUCUGCCAUGUCCCUCCUGAACAAGUAAUUUGCGUUCAUGACUGCUCUUCCGUUUAUCGAGUGCCUCUCCUGCUGGAACAACAGAAUCUCAUCUCUUUCUUCAAGAACAGACUCACCUUACAAUUCAGACAGAGGCCAAGAGCAGUCCUUUCACAGUGGCGGGAACUGGCUCACAGAAAUGAUUCACCAUCAUCGAAGCAAGUCACUAUCGCUCUGGUCGGCAAGUACACAAAGCUGGCAGAUGCGUACAUCUCGGUCACAAAGGCACUUAACCAUGCUGCACUCCAUUGCAAGCACAAACUCAACCUCAAGUAUAUUGAAGCUGAUGAUUUGGAGCCAGAGAUCAAGGAAACAAACCCAGUCAGAUACCAUGAGGCAUGGCAGAAGCUUUGCAGUGUUGAUGGAAUAUUGGUACCUGGUGGUUUUGGUAAUCGAGGUAUUGAAGGCAAGGUGGCAGCAGCACACUGGGCACGCGUCAACAAGAAGCCAUAUCUUGGUGUAUGUUUGGGUCUUCAGGUCGCUGUCAUCGAGUUUGCAAGGAACGUGCUAGGCUGGAAAGAUGCACACUCUGAAGAGUUUGACCCCAAGUCCAAGCACACAGUGGUGAUUGAGAUGCCAGAACACAACACGGGUCAGAUGGGUGGUACCAUGAGGCUGGGAAAGAGAAAAACACUCUUCAAGACAGAUCAGAGCAUUAUGAAAACCCUGUACAACAAAGCUGAGUUCGUAGAAGAGAGGCAUAGACACAGAUAUGAGGUCAACCCUAACGAUGUAGCAGACUUUGAGAAGAAUGGAAUGAAGUUUGUUGGACACAGUGAAGACGGCCAAAGGAUGGAAAUCAUGGAGCUUGAUGAUCACCCGUACUUUGUUGCCGUACAGUAUCACCCAGAGUACAUCUCUCGUCCCAUGAAACCCUCUCCUCCGUACCUCGGUCUCAUCCUCCAAUCCAUCAACCGUCUCAACCAGUACGUCUCUCGCGGCUGCCGUCUCUCACCGAGGACCUCCUUCAGCGACAACGAGUCAUCCGACACCGAGGAGGAGAUGACCCACUUGACUGCCAAUGCUGAGAGGAUGCAUUUGAACUUGACUCCAUAGCAACCAAGAUGGCCGACAUGUCCACUUAGUUAAUCCAUUACGUUAAUAUCUGUACUAUUUAAUCUUCUAUCUUUUUGUUGUUCUUUAAGGACUGUUAUUCCUCAAGUCUCUUAUUAUAAAGGUAUUUUAGAAAAGGAAGGAAUUUCAUUCUCCUGAUGCAUUAUGGGGUGACUCCAUAGCAACCAAGAUGGCUUCCAUGUACGUCUAGUUAAUACGUUAUCUGUACGACUAUAUCUCUUAUCCAUUGUUUGUUUCAUGGGAUGCUAAGAACAUUACUAGUAUAUCGCCCUUGCCUGGGAUGUUUUAUAAGGACAAAAUAAAGAUGUGUUGAGAACAUAAAAAUGUGUACGGGAACGUUAAAGCCAUUAUUGUUUUGUGAUUUGGAUGUAUCUCAAAAGUUUGAAACUAACAUGUAUGAUUAAUAGUUUUAUUAACCUUAAUCAGAAUAUUGGCAUAGACAACUCUAGAUUGAGAUAUUAUUGAUUUCGCCUCUAUGCAAUUAUGAUGUUUAUAGACGAUAAUGCCUCGGUGUUCCAGACACGGCUUUACAUCCAAAGAUCUGUACUACCAUAUAUCUCCUAGUUGUGAUUUUUUUCCUCCCUUUUUUUCUUCUUCUUUAGAAGGACUUGUAUUUCUCUUUUGUAACAUCUAUGAUAUGUGAUCAAUUGGUUUGUUACCCGACAAUGUUAUUUUCAGUGGAAAGAAUGAAAAUGUGCUAAAAUAGUCAAUAAGCUGACGUAUAAUAAACCCUUAUAUUAAAAUAAACAUUUUUUAUGCAGCACAAAUUGUCAAAGCACAAUACAUUUUUAUGCGCUACAUUUCAAGGGUCAGUAGGUGACUCUAUCUGAUCAUAACCCAUUGUCUAUGGUAAUGAGAGAAUUCAGUUGACAAUUGGUAAAUGGUUCAACAGACAUGCUGUCUAAUUAAGAGAUACUGCCACAGCUUUUAGAAAUACGAGCACAGCUCAAGUAGGCCUACAUUUGCUCGGAAAAACUUUGUUAUCUUGUGAAAUUGUCAUUUUGAAUGAGAUCGGUGCCGGCAAUGUGUGAUUUCUUUGUGAUAAAGAGUCUGGAGUGCAAGAACCAAACGGCCCUUUUAAGGGCCAUCCUCUGGUGUUAUGUUACUGUACAUUUUCAUGCACGGCACUAUUUUCUUGUACAGUGUAAAUACUUACCAUCAAGCAAAGUAGGUUUAGGAUAAUUUCAAUAUGCACAUAAUUCUUUAGUUCUGUUGUUGUUGAUAUUUGUCGAUCCUUAUUAAAGGCUUGUUCACAUAUAAUGCAGGAAACCAUGGCAGUUUACAGCAGAGCCUUUAAAAAAAUCUCUAUGUGUUUAGUGAAUGGCAUGAUAUAGUGGUUCGUUCACUUGGCUGUCGAUACAAGGGUUGAGGGUUCAAAUCCCAGCUCGCCACUAACAACCUUUUUUUAAAGAUUCAGUUCAUUUAUUCAAAUUGAAUGCCAGAACUUAUAUACCACAAAAUAACCAUAAUUUCUGAAAUGUCCCUGUUUUGAUGAAAUGGUGUAAUUAUGCCAACAUUUUCAUGAAGAUAUGUCAUAUCGAAUUAACUUUACAUACUACUGAAGGAGAACAUAAUUACAGUAAUUAUCUAUUGAGUAAUUUAUUGACAUUAUUUAAUACAGACAUAAUCAUACAAAAUAUAUCAUACGAUGGUGAAUGGUUGUCUGGCACAAUAUUUGUGAAAUGUUGAUUUAGAUCGAAAAACAUAUUUUUGUCUAUUAAGAUCUAGAAGGGUGUUAAUUCUGGGUUAAUUUCUUUGAGCUAAUACCCUUCUGGCUCCGUAAAAUUUUAAAGAUUUCAUUAGUUCUAUUUUUCAUUUCUAUGAACCAAGGAUUCUCAGUUUGUCUUUAUUGAUAUCUUUAAAUAAUGUGAAUUAUCGUUUUUCAUUUCACUGUGGCUCAGAAAAUACGAUGUUGAACGAGUCCUGUAAAAAUAUUUUCCCUUUGAAGUCCUGCAUUAUUUUUCCACUAUACAUUGUACUUUAGAUUACUGCCGCUUUAUUGAAGUAACUCAUUUGAUUUUGAUGUAAGAAGGACUUUAUUAUGUGUAUCACUAUUUCAUAAGCAGACCACAACGUCUUGGAAGGGCUUUAAAUAUGUGUUAAAGUCUUUUAGUUAAUGCUCUUCUUGCUCCAAACAGAUGAUUAUUGAUAAACUUUGUACCCCUCUUAUUUUGUCAGUGUUGUAGGCAUUUGUUUAUCCUCCACCAUUUUGAUUAUAACUUAUACAUAUGGAUGCUACAUUUUAUAGGUUGGAUUAAUAAAUAUUCUUGUGUUUUGUACACUA